AGUCCUUCUUCCCGCAGGGCUUAGCGGCCACAGGAGCAACACCCGUCCUGUGUACCACCGCCGCUCCCAACCUGAGCUACAGCACCCUGACACAGUCCUACCCUUUAUUCGCGCAGUGGAGUACUUUAAGCAUUUUCAAGCUGCGCUUUACCCGAGAGGCACAGGAGCGGCCGGGCGCGGCGCCGGCCCCGGAGAGAGGGGGGGUGACGUGCGGCCGCCGCGGGAGGCCAUGGCGGGGCCUCCGCCCGCGGCGCCGCGGGGAUUCCUCGGCCAGGGAGGGGCCUCCAGCGGCCGCCGCGGACGCGCCGCUGCUGGCCCCGCCCCUAUAUAAGGGGCGGCCUCAGCGCGGCCCCAAGCGCGGCCGUCGCGUCUCCCGCACCGAGCUGCGUUCGGGCACCAUGGCAGACCAGUCUUUUGUGACUCUAGCCACAAAUGACUCCUAUGUGAAAGGAGCACUGGUACUCGGUUCAUCCUUGCAACAGUACAGAACAACAAGGAAGCUGACUGCACUCAUAACUCCUCAGGUGUCAGAUCUUAUGAGGAGAGUGCUGGAAAAAGUCUUUGAUGAAGUCAUACUGGUAAAUGUCUUGGACAGUGGGGAUUCAGCACACUUGGCGUUAAUGAAAAGACCUGAGUUGGGCAUCACACUUACAAAGCUUCACUGCUGGGAACUGACACAGUUUUCAAAAUGUGUUUUCAUGGAUGCAGACACAAUGGUUUUGUCAAAUAUAGAUGAGCUUUUUGAGAGAGAAGAGCUAUCUGCAGCACCAGAUCCAGGCUGGCCUGACUGUUUUAAUUCAGGAGUUUUUGUUUACCGACCUUCCAUUGAAACAUACAGGCAGCUGUUACAGUUUGCCACAGAGAAAGGCAGCUUUGAUGGUGCAGAUCAGGGAUUAUUAAACACCUUCUUCAGCAGCUGGGCAACAACAGACAUGAGCAAACAUCUACCGUUUAUUUAUAAUUUGAGCAGCACUUCUGUAUAUUCCUACCUUCCAGCAUUUAAAGCGUUUGGUGCAAAUACUAAGGUGGUGCAUUUCCUGGGAAGCACAAAGCCGUGGAACUAUACGUAUGACUCCAGAACAAAAAGCCUAAAGGGCAACAUGGAUGACCCUAAAAUAGUUCACCCAGAAUUCCUCAACAUGUGGUGGGAUACCUACAUAGCUGAUGUUUUACCAUUACUAGAACAGCAUGGAAUUGUUAAAGAAAUUACUACAGGGGUAAAUAUGCUAUCGGGUUUGGUCUAUACUCUGGCUUUCUCUUGUGGCUUCUGUAGAGAGGCAGAAGUUACAGAGGCAGUGUCCCACGUAUCAGUAUCACCACUAUUACCAACUGAAUCUUCAGAAGAACGCAAGGAACGGUGGGAACAGGGCCAAGCUGACUAUAUGGGAGUGGAUUCCUUUGACAACAUCAAGAAGAAACUUGAUACCUACCUUCAGUAGAAGUGCCUGUCUCAAACAGUGGUGAUGCAAGGACUUGUUCCAGAACUAACAGCUAGGAAGGUAGAGAUGGUGGUCAGUUACACUUGCUAGUAGCUUAAGGAAAAACUUCUUGGCUGAAGGCCUCUGCAGUGCUACAGAUGAAGACUGAGCAAAAGCUAGGAAGCAGAAUCCUUGGGCCACCUAUUACUGCCCUAUUUCCAAAUUCUCCAUACUAGAUAAAACCAGGCAUUUUCAUCUUAAAAUUUCUUCUGUUUUGAUCAAUUGGCUCAACAUAUUCUUUAAACUGGGUUUGUUACCUCACCUCAUUAGGUGAUUAGCAUUGAUUCCUUUGCUUGCUGUUUUAGAUGUAAAAUCUAAUUCAUGGGAUUGCUCAUACACUGGAGUGGUAGCCAUUCUGCUUUACCAUAAAUAUGGGAUACAUACAGUUGUAACAGUAAUAGCACUGCUUUGCUCUUCCAGUCACAAUUGCACUGAAAUUUUGACCAGGUUCUUACGCACAGUGCCUGCAGCAUGGCAGAAUGCGUUUUUCAGUUCUGUAUACUAUGGGACUAGUAAACUGAGUUUUAUCUGUUCCUUGCAAUGUUGCACUUGAUACAAAAAUAAAAAGUUGUCAUGCAUUUCUGUCUUCCCUAAACUCUUGAGCAGUUAAAAAAAUGAGCUUCAAAGCAGUCUAACUAAAAUAUUCAACAGGUAUAAAUAUCCCUUAAGCUUUGCUGAUGCUACUCAAGUACACUUCCCAAAUCUAAACAGGACAUAGCCACAUAAAUUCAAAGUCUGAGCAUCACAGUGAAGGGAGCAGAAUGUUAGGUAAACACAUAUCAGAAGACAAGAAUCAAAUGGCAAGAAAGGAACAGACAUAAACAUUCAUGCUCAACUGAGAUUCUUCAGUGCUUUCAUUAGUGUAUACAAUAAUCACCAUGUCAGGUAAACAACAAAUUUUGCUGAACACAAAACAGUACUGUAGCUGUUAGUGCUUAUACUUUGGAUGUAACAUUAAAUGUGAGGAUCUGUGAAAUGCCAGGUCUGUGUUCUGCAUUUUUCCAGCAUGUUUCAUCUAUCCACAAGUACAGUGCUACUAGUUCUCAGAAAAUAGAUACUUAAAUCUACAUCAGCUGUAAUAAUGUUCUGUCCCUUGUAAGCAAGUCUCAUGCAAUGGGCUCGCCUUGUCAUGUCACCCGCAUACUUAGGCAGGUUGCCUAAGAAUUCUUCUUAAUGACUUGUUUUAGAUUCUAAGAACCUCUGAUGCCUACACACACUCAGAGACAUCAAGCUGCAAGAUAAAAGCCAAACAGGUCUCGUUUCUCCAACCUAUGGUAGUAAGCAAAAGAGCAACAAAUUAUGUAUUUUUCACUGCAAGAUGAACAUUCCUGGCAAGCCAUAUAUGGCAAACUGUUCUAUUAUUAAUCUCACCGUACGAGAAUAACAUGAUGUCUGGAGGAAAGACCUAGCCCAAACAUGCAGAAGUAUGUUCUGUUCUAUUUUUGCUGUAGUCAAGAAAGACUGAAGUGUACUACUUUCACUCUUAUCAAUCCAGCACAGAAAAAGUGAAUUACAGUACAUCUGUACCUUUCUGCAGUAUCUCAUACAAAGUAUACUGUAUUUUACAUUGGAAAAUAUUAAAAAACCUGAGCCUUAGAGAAACAUCUGUAUACUUGUGAUAUUCUCAUAUUAAAGGUUCGUAUUUCUUCCUAAAGGUAAGAAUUCUGCAUCUAUGAUUGUAUUUAAACAAACAAGCAAUUUUAAAAGAGGGGGGAGAGAGAAAGUAAUCUAGUUGGACAAAUAUUCCUCCCUUGCACCUCUCAGAGAAGGAAUACGGCUCUCCAAGCUACAGUUCUACCAUAUAUCCACAGAAUUUUAAAAACUGAUUACUCCACUGGUAUUUCUGCUUCUUAAAUCUAUUGUUGCCGCUAGUGCACUUCAAGGAAUGCUAAUGCAUGAAUGAAUCUCAUUUGACACUGAUUAUUCAAAAGUGAGAUCAUAAAAGAUCACAUGGACCCACUGCUCCUCCAUCAAACACAAGCAGUCAACCACUGCUGCUUGGGCUGGCUACCAUCACAUGAUGGCUACCAGCAGGAUGAGAAGUUGCUGUUCAAUGGUCUAUAAAGGCAGGAAUUAUAUUUGGCUCUGGGUUGUUAGAUAUACCUAUAGACUGUAGAUGACUCAGUGUUAGCAAUGCUUAGCUUAUUUUCUUACAACUGCUUGCCACAAUACGAUGAAUUCAUUAUACCUCAUUCAUUAUCUUCACAGAAGAUUAAAAUUAUUUUGCAGUUUCUACAAUAUUUCUGCAGUAUUCAGAGAAUUGUUGAAAAAAAAAAGCAGUCAGACUUGAUGGCAGUGGUAUUAUGGUAGUG